AUUGACACCCCAACUCGUCCGAGAGCAUGGACGACGAACGUCCAAGCUUGAUGCAUCGUCAAAGCAUGCACAGCAACGAAGAUAUGUAUGCGAGAAAGCAGAACGCGAUCGAGCAAAACAAGUUGUUGCAGGAGCAGUUGGUCGGCAAGAUGCGCGAACUGUCGUUCUUGGAGACAGAGUACGUCAAGACAAAGCGCGAGGCGACCGAGUGGAAGAAGAAGUUUGACUACGUCUUCCGCGAGAACGAGCUGUUGAGCGUCGAAACGGCCAAGCUCGACGCGGCGCAAAAACAGAUUGGGUUCCUCCACCAGGAAAUCCAGUUCAAAACCGAGGAAACCGAAGCGUUGCGAGGUCUGGUGACGGCGCUAGAAGCGAGCAACAAGAAGAACCGCCGACGAAACAUGGACUCUCUCAACACGGCGAUCUCGACGGCGGCGACGUCGAACCGGUCGAGUUCCGGGUCCGAGUCUGGCGACGCGCGCAAGUCCGACAAGGAGAACCCUGAAGUGUCGGCCCUUCGCAACGAAAACAGUGCGCUCGUCAAAGACCUCGAUCGAAAAGACCAUGAACUCAAGAUGAAAGACGACGAAAUCAAGGUGCUCAAGGACCGCGUGCACGAGCUCGAGACGACCCUCGACAAUGAACAAGCGAUGCAAGUGAGUCGCCUGAAGGAGAACCAAGAAACGAUCAGUCGUCUUGAAAUGCAGCUCGCACGGCACAAUAACCACGACGUGCGCGCGAGCAACGACUCGAUCAACAACACGCCGCCGUCGACGCCGCCGCCGAUGCCGCCGCAGCAGUUUUACCACAACGACGAAGACGAUAUCAUGAGCUGCAAGUGGAAGCUCCACUCGGAUGUCGUCCCAACCAGCGCGAUCCCGUACGACCCAGCCGUCCUCGACCGCUUUCUGGAAAAAGUUCCGUUCGCCCAUCGCGACGGCGCGAGCCGAAUCCUUCGCGUGCUCCUCGGCACCAAUGAACGACUGUCGAUGGAAACAAACAUGGUGCUGCAAAACGUGUCAGCGGAGGUCGUGACCGAGCUCAAGAGCACGAUCCUGCCGUGGCUCAAAACCAAGCACCACGUCAAGGUGGCAUACUACAGCUUGCAGCGCCAGAUCAUCGCUACGGACGUCAAGCUCGUCCUCGAGCCCCGCGAGCAAGAGUUCAUCCAAACGCAAAAUUCCGAAUGCGGCAGCCAUGUCUUCAUGGGGCCGUCGCUGACCGACGCGCCGCACAAACUCGUCUUGCACACCAAGCGGAUGCUCCACGCCGAGCGCGCUCGGUUUGUGUCGUUUCCGGACGCCGACCACCACGCCGCGGCGGGCGAAGAGACCCUCGAGCUCGAACCUAUUCCCCAGACGCUGUUUCGCCGCCUGUCAAACGCCUCUUCGUUCUCUGGCGAGGCCGAUGCGGCCAGUUCUCGCCGCGGCGGAUUUCUGUCCAACUCGUUCCUUGGCGGCCCCAGUACACCUGCAGUGGCUGUCGCGGGGGCGCCCGGUGGCGGGGACAGUCGCGGUGGAGGGCUGACCAAGUCGUUCCUGGGCUCGAUUGCCACGGCGGCCAAGACCGUCGUAAGGAAGAAUUUUGAAAAGAAGUUUACGCAUCAAGGCACGCGGUGCGCCGUGUGUUCUGUGAGCCCGAUCGUUGGUGACCGCUUUCGGUGUGCCACAUGCGAGGGGUACGACCUGUGCAGCAACUGCUACGCGUUCGGCGCCCAUGGCCUCGAAAACACGGACGACAUGUUUGGCCGGGUCCAGGAGCUUGUCCUGGCGCGGUGCCCCCGUCUCGCGCAGGAAGCAGAGCUCCUGGAGCUGCUCCGGUUCGAGAUCUGUCGAUCCAACUUGCGCAAGUUUUCGUUCGUGGCCAACUGGCUCGCCGACAUCAUUCAAGGCCGGUCGACCAAGGACCUUCGCGCACGUGCGAUCGAGGUGCCGUCGAUCCGGCGGGAGAUUCGCAAGCAGUUUGUCCCGUUGCUCAUGAUGGUUGUCAGUGAUCGCCUCGACAUCGAAGUCAAGACGGAAUGGGAACUCGAGCUCAACUCGGAGCUGGAAAAGAACCUCAAAACGGGCCACAACGCGUGCCUGGAAGUGCUUCGGAUCUGGGUCGCCGACAAGUUUAGUACGACGUCGCCGUUCGUGGAGCGGAGUCUGCACCGGUACAAGGAAGGCGACGACGACUCGAUGGAUGCGCCCCUGGCGGCAGCCCCGACGGCGCCCCACGCGGACUCGGCCAUCCACACCCCCCAUGGUGACGGCUCGGACGACAAUCAAGACGGCAAGUAUAUCUUUCAGGAAGUGUAAUGAAUCGGAACCAUCCCCUUUGUCGUCGAUGGACUGCUGUUUGGGACGACCAGUUCGAGCUACGA